AUGACUAAGGAAGAGGCAGCUAAUAGAGAGCUCUUAACAGUAGCAAACGACGCAAGGGCUGGUGGCCCUGCUGAAGGAGCUCAUCUUCACAUUGUUCAUCUGUCUGAUGCGAGAUCUUCCUUAGAUCUAAUUAAGGAAGCAAAAAGUGGUGAUAGCAAUGGUGAUAGCACAACUAUUGGAUUUGGAGCAUUACCACAUCAAAAGUCAUUGCACAGGAAGCAAAAAGUGGUGAUAGCAAUGGUGAUAGCACAACUAUUGGAUUUGGAGCAUUACCACAUCAAAAGUCAUUGCACAGGUUUUCUUGUACUUCAUCUUGCAUUCGAAUUCUUGUCAUCAUUCCAAAUUAGGAAUAUGUUUCACUGGGUCCUCAAGAUGGCGGUUAUAGAUGCUAGCCACCAGGUCGUGGGUUUGUUUCUCUCGGAAAGUUUACAACAGCAAGUAUGGAACUAUUUGAGGUUUUGGUCAACAAAAGACACAAAGAAGAAGGCAGAUGCUGCAAGAGAAGCACUUUUAUCAGAGAUUGAACUGGAAGCCAAGAAGAAGAAAAAUUUUGAGUCCAAGAAAAAGAAUAAAAAUCAGAGAGAGGAUAAGGAUCCAAAGGUUACUCAAGGUGAUGACCUGUAUGUACCGCAAGAGGAAACUGAAGAACAAGUUCACUUUCCUGUUAGCUACAAUGGUGAUUAUCCUAGUUCUGUGAUUGUUGUUGCUGCAAGAGCUGAUGAAUUGGGGCUACAGGAAGAGGAACUUAAGCAUGAAAUUGAGCAUGAUGUGGAGGAAAGAAAGCUCGAAGAGAAGUUGGAGUAUCAAAGGCAGAUUGCGGAAGAGGAUAAGCAUACAAAUCUAGCCAAGCAAAAUAAGCAUGCAGUUGCAUCCAUAGCAGAGGAGGUGGAAGAAAUGGAUGUCGCUUGCGCCACUGAUUUAGGGUCAGGACUGAGAAAUGUUGGUGAAAACAAUUGCUUUAUAAAUGUGAUUGUACAGUCUCUCUGGCAUUUAAGAACAUUUAGAGGCAAGUUUUUGAGAAGAUCAACACCUGCUCAUGCUCAUAUCAAAGAUCCCUGUAUUGUUUGCGAAUUACAUGGUAUUUUCACUGCCCUAAGAGAAGCUAAGGAAGGAGAUGAUGCUGUUUCUCCUACCACUUCAAGAAUUGCUCAGAGCAAAUGGCAAGAUGGUAAUUUCCAGGGUGUAGACAAUUUUGAUGGUCUUGUCAUCAUAUUUUCACCCUUCUUCAAAGUUAUAAAUUUAGACGUCACUUCUGUUUCCUAUGCAACUUCGGUUGCUGAUUUGCUUGAUUUUACAGGGACAAAAGAAUGAUGCUUCUGAAGCUAUUUUGGAUGUUCUUCAUUGGUCAUUUACUUUUGGUUCUGAUACUAAAAUUACCGGAAGCAGUUACACAGACUCGGAAUUGUGAUAGUGAUGCUUGUAUAACACAUACAGUUUUUGUAAUGAACAUAAUUGAAAAACUGAACUGUAACGCUUGUAGUACUGAAUCCCGACAAAUGAAUUAUCUUUGAAAAUGGACAAAUGCGUCUGCAAUCAGACAAUUGAAGGCAUGUUUUUUCUGAAGCAUUUUAUGAUAAAUUGUCAAUUUUUCCUGUUAUAGCGAAAGAAAAGAAAAGUCCAUUUUAGAUAUGUCUUUUAAAGUUGUGUUAUUUCCCAACUCAGCAUGAUCAUCCAAAUGAGCUUUUGAAACGCGAUAUAAGGGAAAAACAUCAGAAUAGUUGUGGCAGCUGUAGCAAACGAAACAUUCCUCACUGCAUUCUUUCAACUCCUCCACAUGUUCACAAUAGUUGGGAGAGUCUUGAAGAGCCUGCACAUAAAAUAUCUGCAACAUUGGGAGCUCUGAGUACCAAGAUAGAUAUUGGUGUCAUCUACAAGGGUUUAGAUCCAGGAAACACACAUUAUCUUAUUUCAAUGGUUUGUUAUGGCCUAGAGCACUACAUCUGCUUUGUUUACAACCGUGCGAAAGAAAAUUGGAUUUUGUAUGACGAUGAUAAAGUGAAGGUUAUUGGUAGUUGGGAUGGUGUUCUUGCCAUGUGUUCAAGAAAGCGUUUGCAACCCCAACUUCUAUUUUUUGAAGUGAAGGGAAGUGUCUCUGUAACUCCUUUGGAGGAAACCAAGGUGCCUGACAAUCCUUAGGAAGUAUGAAAGG